AUGGCAGCUUCAAUAAGAAACAAUUGCCGCAAGGUCAUCUGCAUCGGCCGCAACUAUGCCGACCACAUCACGGAGCUUAACAACACCAAGCCAAAGCAGCCCUUCUUCUUCCUGAAGCCGACCUCCUCGAUCCUUUGCCCCGGCGAGGGCCCCGUUCUGCGCCCCAAGGGGACAAACCUACACUAUGAGGUGGAGCUGGCUCUGGUAAUGGGCAAGCGAGUCCGCGACCUCGACCCCAACGAUGACAAGGGCGCGCUGGACGCUAUCCACAGCUACCUCCUCGCCAUCGACAUGACCGCGCGCAACGUCCAAGACGAAGCAAAGAAGAAGGGCCUCCCCUGGACCAUCGCGAAGGGUUUCGACACCUUCCUCCCCGUCUCGCAGGAAAUCCUGAAGUCGCAGAUCCCCGACCCGCACAAUGCGUUCCUCCGGCUAAGCGUGAACAACCAGCAGCGCCAGGCUGAUUCCUCGGGGCUGAUGCUGUACCGCAUCCCGCGGUUGCUGGCGGAGAUCUCGCGCGUGAUGACGCUGGAGAAGGGCGAUCUGGUGCUGACGGGAACGCCGAAGGGUGUUGGGGAGGUGAAGAGCGGCGACGUGAUGAAGGCGUCGAUCGAGGUUGAUGGGAAGGAGAUCGAGGAGGGAAGGAUUGAGGUUGAGGUGCAGGAUCGCGAGGGCAGGUAUGAAUACCGGGAGACUUAG